AUGCCUGCAGGCUUGACGACUCCGUUUCAGCGAGGCCACGAUGUCAAGUACGGUCUAGAAAUUGUUGAGCGGGACCCAGAGACGUCUACUGCUCUGAGCAAACCACAUGUGAAGGUCUGCUGCGUUGUGGGCUUCCCACUGGGGGCCACUACGACGGCGACCAAGGUUUUCGAAACCCAGCAAUGUCUGGAUGCCGGCGCUGAGGAGAUUGAUAUGGUUAUUAACGUAGGCAUGCUUCUCGGUCAAGUGUACGACUAUGUGCUGCGCGAUAUCUGUGCUGUCGUGGGCGUGUGCAAGGAGCACGGUGCUACCAGCAAGGUAAUCGUGGAGACGGCGCUCUUGAGCACAGAGCAGAUCCGCAAGGCCAGCGAGUUGGCCAUCGCUGCCGGUGCUGACUUCAUUAAGACGUCUACGGGCUACUCCACACGUGCGAGGAGGACGUCAAACUCCUGGCAAGUAUCGCUGAGCCCGCUGGCAAGAAGGUCAAGGCCAGUGGUGGCAUUCGGACAGCGGCAGAUGCUCAGAAAAUGA